AUGCACGGAAUCGUAGCCACUGCUGAAGAUAUGGAUGAAUUAACGGGUUGGAUCAGAGAGACAUAUCCAGGAAUCUAUGUACGAAGUAUCGAAAUUGGUAAUGAGUCUCAGGAUUCUCUUUUCAUGCCAAUGAUUAAAGAAGUUGAACUAUUUUGUCAACAAAUAUUUGUUGAUGAUAACUGGAAAGAUGGAUUCAAUUUGCUAGGAUUCUCAGAAGGAAGCUUAAUAACACGAGCUGCUGUUCAGCGACGUUCAUUUCCAAAGGUAUACUCAUCAGAACUUUGUGAAUUUGUUACUAAAUAUGUCUAUAUAGAUUAUGUUCAAAAACUCAUUAGUUUUGCUGGUUAUUGGCGCGAUCACUACCAGUUAGGUGAUUACUAUGCUAAAUCUCAAUUUGCGAUUGAUAUCAACAAUGAAAGAAAGAGAAGAAAUGAAACUUACCGACAAAAUUUAUUAAAAUUAAAUGCAUUUGUGAUGACCUAUUCUGAUAUUGAUACACCCCGACAGUCGGACUGGUUUAUGUCCUAUGCUCCAAAUUUAUUAAAAGUUCAACUUUGGAACGAUUCACGCGAAUUUCCAGAAGAUUUAGUGGAAUUAAUGAGUAAAAGUCUUAAUUUGAAUCCGACUGAAGCAUCAAAAAAUGAACGUGAACUAUAA